GCAUUCGGCUCCCUAUCGCCCUGCUAUUUCAACUGGCUAGGUUAUAGUUUGGGCGCGCGCUCUAGCGUCCUGUCGUUUCCCACCCGGCCGGCCGGUAGUCAGUUACGCCACGAACGUACCAACUGUCGCGUCUGUUUUACACUAUGUGACUUAAUUAAUGCGUAUUUUUAGCGUAUAGUGAAUAUUGUAGUUAAUGGAGUAAAAUAAAGAUUAUGUUUUAGAGAACAUAGUUUAAUUGAAGUGAUAAAAUCAUCCAAAGGUUUAAACUGUUUUCUGUGAUAUUUUAAGUGAUUAGAACUGUUUAGCUUGUGGACUGACCUUCAUUAUAGACGAUAUUCAAGACAAGCGGAUGGAAUAUUUUAAAAAUGGAUCGAGGAGGUUAUGCAGCAGAAGGUGCCAAAGGUGCCUAGUAACAUCAAAGUCCAGCAACCACAAAGUUCUUCAUUCAUCCGUAAAGGCAUAGCGGCAAAUUUUUUCAAGACAACCUUCAGCUCACGAAGCAAGGCGGUUCCAACCGCCACUUCCUUCUCGGUUCAAGAAACAAACAAAAUAGGUAGUGCGGAGACUAAGCCUGUUACAAGAAAUAGACCAAGAACCGUACCUCAACCUGAAACGAAGAUCAGGAGACGGAAUAGUGAAAGAAAUCUAAGUCUUCGAACUGAUAAAACCUUGGAAUCUCCUGGGCCUUUGAGCAAUACACCUACUACACCAGAUUACGGGGGUACUAAAACUGUUAAAAAGGACCUAAGUUCCAAUGUCUUGAAGAUAAUAAGAAAAGCACCCGCACCGCCAAAACCGCCGCCAAAAACUCCAGAUUCCUUACUGCCGCCCACUUUGAAGCCGAAAGUUCCAGAGAAAGUUAAAUUAAAACGUGAGAAAUAUGUAAACAACAACACUGUUUGGACUAAUGCAAAUGUGAAGAGUGAGAAAAAAAUUCCAUUAAUUAAUAUUCGAGGACCAAGUCAGGGGAAGCAGGAGGCGACCCUGAAAGGCGCUCCGUCAGUGUCAAGCCUCGACUCGAAGCACCACAAGGUAGCCCCGGCUAGAGAAAAAUCACAUAAAAUAUUCGGAUCCAAAGAGAAACUACACAAGGCACAUAAAAAGAAGGAUUUAGGGAAUAACAAUGCUGUAUUAGAGGAUCCUGAAUUGAGGGAGGGCUUAGAGUUCGAAGAUGGACAGGACAGGGAUCAUGAUUACGGCAGCGCGGAGGAGUUGGGGGUGGGUUCCGUAGAUGAGCGGGGCUCCCAAGAGUGCAUCAGCCUACCAGUGACGCUGAACGCCGACCACAUGCCGGGCUUCCAAGAGGUCGAGCUGAGGCCUAGAGUACCAUCUGAGGUAUCGCUCACAUCAGGAGUUCGUGAAUUAGAAUCUCUAAGAAGAGAGCUGGAAGCGAGUGCAAUGGAGCGGGCUCAACUACAAGCUCGCGUGGACGAGCUGCUGGAACGAGCCAAUGAAGCCGAUAGAUUGCGGGCUGAACUUGAACGACUCAAGAAUCACGAGUCGGAACGCGAAGCGGCGCUCGAGCGCCUCGCCGACGAGAACGGCGCGUUGCGGGCGCGCCUGCGCGGCGUGGCGCACUCGCCGCUGUCGGACAGCGAGAAGCGCCAGCUGCUGCUCGCGCCGGCGCCGCGCCGCAUGCACUCGUCCGCGCCCGCCUCCAUCGCGCUGGCGCACAAUGGCGAAGGAGACAGCGGCGAAGCGAGUACUCCAGAAUGGGACAAGCAUUCUUCGUCUUCUCUCAGCGAAGUAUCCGUCGCUUGUCUACAGGAUCGCAUCCUGCAAAUGGAAGAACACCAUUACAGCACGAGCGAAGAACUUCAAGCAACCCUGGCCGAACUUGCCGAUUUGCAAUCCCAGUUGGCCGACGCACACGCCGACAAUGAAAGGUUGGCCGACGAGAAGCAAGUUUUAUUGGAAUCUCUGUGCCGGCAAACUGAGAAAUUAGAAGAUAGUCGAACGAAGGUCGAUACGUUACAAGAGCUAUUGAUGAGGGAAGACGUGGAACCCGAGACAGUAGUGUCGGGCGAUGUCGACCAACAGCUGUUCGCUGUAUUGAAGGUGUCCCAAGAAGAGCGGAGACUUCUGCUGAGCAAACAAGAACAGCUCGAGGCCGAUCUGAAUCAAACGAAAACGACGUUAGAGGAGAAAACCAAAGAAAAUGAAACAUUGACUGAAAGAAUUAGGUCGCUGGAGCUGAGCCUGGAGCGCGCCGAGGCCGAGCGCUGCCAGUGGGAGCAGGAGGCGGGCGCGGCGCGCGAGGCGGCCGGCGCGCGGCAGCAGCAGAUCGCCACGCUCGGCGACCUGCUGGCGGCGGCGCAGGCGCAGCUGGCGGGCGCGGCCGAGGGCGCGGCGGCGGCGGAGGCGGCGGCCACGGCGGCGGCGCGGCGCGAGGCCGACGCGCGCGCGCACGCGCUGGCCGAGCGCCUCGCGCACGCGCAGCGCCAGCUCGACCGCGCGCACUCCGACGCGCGCAAGCUGCACGACGACGCGCUCGUAUCGAGGAAUACCGCCAAAUCUACAAUAUCAGAGUUGGAGUUUCAGCUCGAACAGUUGCGUCAGGAGAAGACUGCUCUUCAGGGAGAACUGCAGACCUUGCAGGAGAAUUCUUCAGAAUUGCAGAUACAAGUACAAGUAGCAACGGACGAAAAAUUAGCGUUAAUGAGUCGCGCGGGGGAAGCGCUCGCACGAGCGGCCGACCUCGAGCGACAGCUGCAGGACUCGCGCGCGCGACUCGCACAGGUCACGCGCGACAGGGAGAGAGAUGAGGCAGAAUGGAAACAGUUCCAGAGCGACUUGUUGAUGACUGUUCGAGUCGCAAAUGACUUCAAGACAGAAGCCCAGAGAGAACUAGAGAGACUUGUCUCUGAGAACAAGAUCGCAAGAGAUCGCAUACGGCUGCUCGAAGACCAAAUGCACUCUCUUAAAGGUAUUGACAGUCAAGGAUCUAUGGAUAGCACGCGAAAUUAUUCUGACGGAAAGAUCUUGUCAAAAGAUUCUGAAAGCUUUGAUUCGAACAGUGAAUGCUCUUCGAUAGACGUUUUUAAAAAUAUUAGAUCGCGAUACUUAUCGAGGGUUCACAGCGUUAACGAACUCCCCAAGGUCGCUAGUUUGGUAGAUCAAGCUUUCUAUAAAUCAUGUAAUAAUUUAUCUCAAAGUGAUUCGGAUGUAAGUGUGCCUAAAGAGCUUAAACUUGAAAUAGAUAACGUGACGACUGAUGAAACGAAUGACGAUGAAAGUUACAAAUCCAGUUUGGAAAAUGCAGACGAUUGUCAGAGUAAAGUUUUAGCAGAAGCUGUUCUAACACCCUUUGAAAGUAAAGGUUUGAAGAGACAAGAUGCCCUCGACGGUUUCUCGAAGAAGAUUAAUCGUCAGGAUGCUGUAGACAACGACCCUGAUCCAAUCAAUGAUAAUGUUAAUUAUAAUUUUAGGUCUGAAUCUAAUAAUAUUAAAAAGAUAGAAAAAAAUAGUAUUUUUAACAAGAAUCUCUCGAAUUUAUUUAAUGGCAAACAAAAAUCUUACAGUACAGAUAAUCUUAAUGUAAAUACAGAGUUUAAAAAUGCUCUUAAAGAGGCAACUAGCAUAGAAUUUUUAGAUAACACGUACAAUGUUAGUGAAUCGUCUUUGUUGAGCGAAGGAUCAGACAGUGUUUUCUUGUCUCCGUUAGAAAAAAAUAAUAAUGUAAUUAAUUUAAAUGCCAAAAAAACCUUUAUUAAAAAUAUAAACAAAACAGAUAAUGUAAAUGAUAUUCCAUCGGAAACUAUGGAAGCAAAUAUAUUGAAUUUACCCGUAGUAAAAGCAGAGUCUAUUCUUCCAUUUCCGUAUCCGGAUGACAUAAGUUGUAGAAGGAAAUCUGAUGGCGUUUAUGAUAUAUACGUACAUCCCACGGAAUUUAAUAAAACAUACUUCAAUAAUACAAUUGAAAAUGACUUUAAGAAAGUCAAUGAAGAACUAAAAGUUAAUUUCAAAGCAGCCUUGGAUAGAAUAAGCGGAAACGAUAUACAAUCUACGACGACAAAUAAAUUGUUAAUUAUGUCUAAGACAACUAUAGAUUCACCAAUAUUGGACAUAGAUAAUAACUCAGAUAUUGUUGAUAAUUUCGUGCCAGUAAAACGUCUGUCAACAUUUAAAGGGGAAGAAAAUAUUCUUCAACGAAACGAAUCAAUAAAUAGUGUUAAGGAAAACUAUGUUAUCGACCUCUUUGAAGAUAAAUUAUCAAGUAAAAAUAAUGACGUCGGCGAAGAAUUUCAUGGGGUCAAAUCUUCAAAAGUAGUUAAUAAUGUUAAAGAUCAUAAAGAAAAUAAUGUAAAUGUUAUACCAGAAAACGGAGACAAAAAUCUUAGAAGUACGAACAAUGUAAAUAUUAUUGAGGUAACUAACUUGAAUGAUCCGAAAACAACACUCGAAGCUGCAAUCGAUGAUAACGUCAGUUAUCAUUUAAAAAUAAAUACUGUCACUGAUUUCGAUCCUCCAAACGUAUCUGCUGGGACACGCGAUAAUGAACCGAAUGACAUUGACAAUAAAGUUAAAACUACUCUAACUCCAAUGAGCGUGGUAAACUCCAAAAUAGACGGUUCAUCGUCUCCGAUAAUACUUAGUCCUGUUUUAAUUCAACCAAUAUUUUUCCAACCAAACAAUGCAGUUUUAGAAUUGAAUUUAACGAAUGAUACCAAAAAAGGAACAGUUUAUUAUGAUGACAUCGAUCAAGUGAUUACCAAAGAUUGUUCUAAACUGAAUGAAGUGACAAAGGAUUCUGAAAGUAAGCGGAAAGGUAUUUAUCAGAAAAAUAAUAAAACAAAACAACUUCCAUUUUUAUCUUUGAAGAUGUUUGGAUCUAAUGAAAAUGUGAUGGAAUCGAAAUCGUCUUCACCAAACAGAAGUCCUACGAAAACAGUAGUCAGGUUAUCAAAAACACCAGAGUGGUUAAUUGAUAACCAGUAUUAUCAACCCAUGCAAAACGUACCAUUUGUCAUUAACACAGCGCAGACAUUUGUCAAAGAAACCCUACCAAAACAGGAGCUUCCUAUAAAACGAAUCAACUCAAACCCAUUUAUAUCUUUCGAUCAAUCGAAGCAAGUACAGGAACAAGAGAAUUAUUACGAGGAAAUAGGAGAACCGAUAUCAUUGAGUCAAACGAUUAACGUCGCAGAUGACGAAAAGAUAUCGAGCAAAACUCCGACAGCCGAUGAUUUUAAAAGCAUAACUCGCGAAGAACUUCUUAAAGUACCGAGAAAACCAAAACGAACAAAGAAACAUGAAACGACAGUACCUAGUAAAACUAAACAUGAAAACAUUGAAGAAAAUAAACCAAAUAGUAUUACGAAAUCCGCUAUAUUCCUCUCGCGAACGCCGAGUGCAAACGAUACUACUAAAAAAUCAUCAGGAUCUGUCUCUGAUAUCGUUCAAAGUUUAGUUAAAAAUCAGAUCGAACCCAUGCCUCAAGUACCAUUAAGAAAGCUUUCCCUGCAGAGUCAGAAGUCGCCUAACACAGAAAUAGAUACGGGUUCGCUUCCUCGCUUACGAAAAACAUACCACUGGAAGACGUUGGAACACAAACGGCUAUCACAUCCGAUACGGUCAUUAAACGACACCUCGACUUCAAGACCUCUACCUAUACCUCCUCGAACAGAAGAGACGCCGCCUCCCCCUCCGUUACUGUCCAGCGCUUCUUUGCAAGACAUCAUGGCGACUGCUGCAUCGCAUAGACGGACCAAAGGUGUAAGUAGACAAGAUUCGCGUCUGUCAGUGAAGUCCCUGAUUGAGAGUAUAGAGAACGCAGCGAAGGCGGCCAAACAGUCGCCGGCCACCACGCCGGUCACCGAGUGGCCGCAGGUCCAAACAACAGCGGGCGUGACGAACCCAUCGACUAACAUGAAGAACGGUAUGUCGGAACCGACGCCCGCCACCAACGGCACCGCCAACUACUCCGCCAAGCCCCCCGCGCCCCGGAACAACCGACCCUCUCCCAUCACCACAGAGACUGCGGCAAGCGGCGCCAACAUGACCAACAUGAGCAGCAUGACCAACAUCGCCAACAUGCCCGACGAGCAGCGAGCCCUGGCCACUCUCCAACAGAAGGCCAUCGAGUCGUUCGUAAGGAGAAACAGCUACGGAGAUAUAUGUGAGAGAAAGGAUCCGUUGAACGCGUUGCAAGUGAAGAACGGCGGCUCGAAGCGCAACGCGCUGCUCAAGUGGUGCCAGCAGAAGACCACGGGAUACAACAACAUCGAUAUCACCAACUUCAGCUCGUCGUGGAACGACGGCCUGGCGGUGUGCGCGCUGCUGCACUCGUACCUGGGCGAGGCGCGCGUGCCGUACGCGUCGCUGUCGCCGCACGACAAGCGCACCAACUUCUCCGUCGCCUUCGCCGCCGCGGAGUCCGUCGGGAUACCCACCACGCUCAAUAUUCAAGAUAUGAUACAACAGGAGAGACCGGACUGGCAGCAGGUGAUGGCGUACGUAACCAGCAUUUACAAACAUUUCGAGACGUAGACUGUAUUUAUAGCGUUAUAAAGACUAAAUUCGAUUGAUACUAUAAAUCAUUAAUCGUUCCAUAUAUUUAAACAAACGUUAUUGGCACAAACCGCUCUUCGUACGUUUCUAUCUAUUGACGUAUAAUAUUUUCCAGUAACAGAGGGAGUAAAGAUAAACAAACCUAUGAUUUAUACAUCUUUGUCAAUAGCUCUGCUGUAUUAUGCGCUACAAGCACUUCUUGAUUACUAUAUCAUUAUUUAUAAUACAACACUAUUGCACUAAACUACUUUUAUUCACUUUAAUUUUACUUCUAAACUUCCUUGUAAUAACUUCGCCGACAAUCAAAGCCGCCAUUUUAUCACGAAACCAUAGAUCAUUUCAUGUUAAUUUAAGGUCAAUGGUUAUAUAUUUAUCUUUACCCCUCGUGCCAUUGGAAUCAGGCUGUAGUAUAAUCUGUUCUUCCAAAACGUUCUUAUAACUGACCAACACUGAAAUUAAGAAAAAAAAACUUACGAUAAGAAUAAAUCGACAAACAUCGUUCUUAACAUACUUCAUGUGAAACGGAACGUUUAUGAUCUAGAAAGUUCGAUAUUCAAAGCCGAAAAGGCAGUCUGAUAGGUUGUAAAGUAACAUUCCUGUAAGGAUAAUUUAGGAUUCUAAACCAAUCGCAAUAGUUAAGGCAAAAAUAAAAAAUAAAUGAGUUCUAUAAUAUCAAACGCACCUUAUGAACAAGCCAAGUGGACAGCCUAAAGCUGCUUCCACACUUAUACGGUACGUCUUAUGAUUUCAUAAUCCGUAUCCGUAACAGCCUGUGAAUGUCCCACUGCUGGGCUGAAGGCCUCCUCUCCUUUUUUGAGAAGGUUUGGAGCUUAUUUGGAUUUCGUAAUACCAUCACGUAUAUAUGUCAGUAUGUAAAAUUGCAUUUAUAUGUAAUUUUAUCCUUAUUUAUUAUACAGCUGAAUAUCAAUAUUCACUCUGUUUAUGUUAGACCAUAACGAUUUUUUGACUCCAAAUGGCUUCAACAUUGUGACGUUCGUGUAUUACUAAGCAAACAUAGCACUAUUUAAUGCGUAUUUUUUUAUCAUUAUCGAAAUAUAAAUGAUUCAAUUAGACUUAUAAGAACCAUCUUUGAGUCAUCCAUCGUUAGUCGUUCAGUUACAUUUAGACAAACGUUUUUUUUAUAUAGAAUUGGAAGGCGGACGAGCAUUUGGGCCACCUGAUGGUAAGUAGUCACCAACACCCAUACACAUUGGCAUUGUAAGAAAUGUUAAUCAUCGCUUACAUCACCAAUGCGAUGUUAUGUCCCAUAUGCCUGUUUUACAUUACAUUAAUUAUACUGGCUCACUCAACCUUCAAACCGGAACACAAUAAUACCGAGUACUGCUGUUUUGCGGUAGAAUAUCUGAUGAGUGGGUGGUACCUACCCAGACGAGCUUGCACAAAGCUCUACCACCAGUAAUGCCACGUCAUGCCACUAUAUAUAUAUAUAUAUAUUCCAAUAAUUUGUAUGUUACAUAUAAUACCUUUUUCAUAUUAUAAUGUGUAUGUUUUUAAAUAUUGCGAUUGGCUUAUUGCGUGUGAUAGUUUAAAUCAUGUCCGCCAUUUUGUGAGAUUUCGCCUUCGAGUUGUGUGAGGAAUUGAUAGCCGUCUUUCCAUAUAGAGACUGAUAUGAUAGGUUAGUUGGGUCACGAUCUUUUUGUAAGCGUUACUCUAUAGAUUGACAAUUGCCAGGGGUCGGCAAUUUCUUUUUUGUUUUUUUUUUUUUUGUAAGUGUAUUCAAAAUGUUUACGCGCAUUUGUUAUUUUCGUGAUAUUUAAAAUUUCAAAUGGUUGUUAACCUCUGGCAUUUGUUAGGGUGUGUACACAUAAGCGUAUUAACAUGGGUCUCCAUGGUUUUAUUAAUUUGAAAUGUAUAACUGACAUAGCCAUAUAUAUAUACGGAUAAAUACCUAAAUAAAAUAAAAGGUAAUAAAUAGAACUUAUAUAACCAAGACAUACAAAUAUACCACACAUAAAUGUGUAUACACCUUAAAAAUAAAGAAAAUUAGAGUAAGGUAGAGAUAAUGAAACGCCUUAGAAUAGAACGGCCUUGGUAUUGUAUGCGAGAGUAUAUUUUGUAGUAUUGAGUAUAAGGUUUAUAAUCGUAUGAAUUUUCUGAUCGUCUGUCCCCCUCAUACUAUUAACGGGUUACAGUAUAUGUAAUAAAAUGUUAAACAGUAUGUAUAAUGCCAUUAUAAAUUAUGAUAAAAUAGACUUGUAUUAUUGUAUAAUCAGCCUUUGAUGUCUAUAUCCAGUUUAACGCCUUGUUAUAAGUAUAUACACUUUAUAUAUAACUAUCUCGACGCGAGACGCUGCACCAAUUAUAAUUAAACUUAAAGGUUAUUCAUAGAAUUGCUUACAAAAAUCGACUUUCAAAUUUAGCAUCAUUAUACUGUACUGGACGUUGUUUAUUGAAAAUACAUUUAAGUUUGGUAGGAUGAUAAGCUGAACACCGUUGUCUUCUUCUUUCAAAUGUCAAAUCAAUGAUGACAGAAAGGGAGAACUAAUAAACUUUUAUAUGUGAAGCCGUAUAUAGAGUAUACGAUGUAUAAGUAUUCAAAGAUAAUGUAAAAACAAAUUAAAGCCGAUAUUAAUGUAUAUCAUUGGUAAUGAAAAAAAUGCAACUGUGCUAAGUUUGUAGUACAUGCUUCAUGAUAAUAUGCUUUGGAAGAAAUGAAAGUUAUUAUACAAAUAAUCUAAUUAAUACAAUAACUACGUUUUUUUUUUUGACUUGUUAAUAAUAUUUCAUAUGGCAACCUCUUCUGAUUAAAAUAAUAAAAAACAAAUCGAGUUCAGUGAUAUAGUCUAUGGUCUACUUUAUUUCAAUAGACUGUAAGAUUCUGAAGUCAUGAUAAAAGUAAAAGCCAUUACGCAAAUUGAACAUAACUAUAUUUUUGUUUAAAAUUUAAAAUGCUAAUGAUGAUUUUUUUUUUUAAAAAAAACUUUAGAGAGGGAUAUUGUCUAUGGCCUCUUUAAUUCCAUUCAAUGUGUACAUUGUUCGUUAGGUUAUGAUUGGUGACAGUUUUUGUGAUUGUAUUGAAGAUUGAUGUAUGAUGGUGAUGCACACGGAAUUUGAAUUAUUAUAUUGUGAAUAAUAUUUUCUUGUACCUAUAUAUAAUACAUUCUAGCGUUUGAAAUUUAUGUGUCAAUAAAUUUACUGAUAGUAAUUUAUGAUCGAAAAUUAAAUGAAUAUUCUCAAUUUUUUUUGUGACGAGAUCUCUAUAUGAGAGAAAGAGACGACUAUAUACUUGUAAUGAUAUAAUAUACGCCUUCUUGUCAUCUAUAGUGUUAUCUCUGUCUCGAGACUGAUUUCAUACAAUCUACAUUGUUUUAUGUCAUUUAUAGAUAAAGUAUUUUUCAAAUGAUGUUUUAUGCUCAUUGAAAUAGAGUUCAUUUUUGCAUUUGAUUAAUGUGUUUGCUAUAAAUGUUCGUCGUAUAUAAUAAACACGAAUUCUCGUUUCGCAAUGUGACUGCUAUUUGUUGAAGCUAUAUAAAUUAAUUAUCUAUUUUCUGAUAUCUGUAUUAUUGUAAAUAUAGCUAAAAUAAAGUUCCUGGUUUAUUUU